GAGGCCAAAAAGUGGUCGGCGACGCGCCGUGUCAGUUCAAGCCCCAAACCCGCCGCCCCCCUAAACCUCCCCUCUCCUCCCCUGACGAGGCGAGAGAGCGUGACGACGAGGCUCACGAGGAGCGGCAGCAGCGGAGUCAGAACCAGCAGGCGGCGCAGCCCCUGCAGCAGACGGCGGUCGAAUCGCGGGGGAGAGGUCGCCGGCGUGAGGGAGGUCCGUCCCGGCGACGCCGCGCAGCCGUUUUUCUCUCCGCCGUCCGGCCCGUCGAUCUCGUUUCUCAGUCCCCGCUGCUCUCCACCGGCCGAUCCCGCGAGCCCAGGCCGCAGAUCGUUCCAUUCCGCGAGGGGAGGCGAAAGGGAGCGCGGCCUUUGGACCAACCGGGGAAAGGCGAAGUGGGGAGGGAGAAUCUUCGGGUUUCGGCUUUAGGAGCUCCCGGCUCAUGGAUUUCUUCAAGCUCAAGAAGUUCGGCAAGGCCCGGAAGGGCUCCAGGCGUGAGGGAGAGGCCUUGGAGUGCGACGAGGACGCCAACGGAGGGAAUGUGGCUUCGGAGGGCGACAUCUCCGAGCAGAAUCCUGAGGCGGCCGCAGGGGCUGGUGUGGCCAAUGGGGGAGGGGCUGGUGUGGCCAAUGGAGGAGAGGAGGUUGGUGAGGAAGAGGAGGACGAGGACGACGAUUUCAUCACCAACGAGGUGAAGCGGCGGCUCAAGGAGAUGAGGAAGAACACCUUCAUGGUGCUCAUCCCGGAGGAGGAGAAUGCUGAGGUGGAGGAGGAUGAGGACGGGGAAGAGGAAGAGGAAGGGAGUAGCUCCAGGGAGUGGAUGGAGUCCGACGUCGGCGAAGGGUUCCCGCUAUGUGGCUUCGACUCGCUCUAUGAUAAGUACUCUCAGAGAAUGGUGGCGUUUGAUAAGACGAUUACACAGAUCUUUAAGGAUUCAGGGUCAUUCAACAUCUCAAAAAAGUCGCCUAGAUCAGCAUCAAAAUUGGCAUCAACCUUGCGCAGUCUAUCAUUCAAAAGGAGGGAUGAGCUUCAGGAGGACUGUGAGAAUCUUCAGCAGCAGCAGAGCGAGGAUGACCCUUACCAAAUACUCGAGACUGCUUAUGUUGCACAGGUUUCUUUAAGCUGGGAGGCUAUUCAUUGUACCUACAUGCACCUGAGUCUGAUACUGGCAGCACAGCCGGAGAAUCCCACCACCUAUAGCUGUGCUGCUCAAGCAUUUCAGCAGUUUCAGGUUCUGUUGCAGAGAUUUGUUGAGAAUGAACCAUUUGAGCAAGGUUCACGUUUUGAGAUAUAUGCACGUUCUCGGAGCUCCUUGUCGAAAUUGCUUCAGGUUCCCACUUUUCAAGUUGCAGACGGGAAAGAUAAUGCUGAAGACCAGACGGAACCAAUCUUGGCACCUGACCUCAUGAAAUUAUUAGAGGAGUGUAUCUUAACUUUUCGUGUUUUCCUGAAGAAGGACAAGAAAAAGAGCAGUGUCCUCAUGGGCGUUCAUGGCCAUACUGGAAGUUCGAUUCAGCAAGUUCAAUCCUCUCUGGAUAAGAAGGAGAUGAAGGUGAAAGAGCUGUUCAAGAAGAAAAAGGGAUGGAAGAGCAAGACCUGGCCGACCACAAUGGAGGAAGUGCAGCUGCUGUUUGCCCUGACGGACAUCAAAGUGGUGUCGAGGGUGUUGAGAAUGGCCAAGCUGAGCAAGGAGCAGCUGCUGUGGUGCGAGGAGAAGAUGAGCAAGCUGGACCUCUCCGACAACAAGCUGCGGCGGGAUGGAUGCCCUAUCCUCUUCCCCUGCUGACGCAUUUCCUUUGGCAGACAUAUGCUAGUUAGUGUUCGUUCGUUUGGCCCCUUCGCAGAGCAAGCGAGCAUGUCUGCUUCCUGGGCCGAUAUAUGUACAUCUUAGGCUGGAAUGUUUAUACUAAAGUCAAGUGUAGUACCCUAGCACCUAAAAAGAGAUUGGUGUUCCAUUCCAAUCCAGUUGUGUUGCUCUGCAUUAGUUUGGGGUUUUUAUGCAGCAUGGCAACAGCCUAUGGAAACCAGCUGGUAAAUUCAGAAAUAAACAUCUGGUAAAUUCCGGA